CAUAGAGAUGGCAGGAGGAGGUUUCGUUGCGCAAAGUGGGGGGAGAAACUAUGAAGGUGGCGUCACAACGUUCGUUAUCAUCACCUGUUUGGUGGCUGCAAUGGGCGGUCUCAUUUUUGGUUAUGACAUUGGUAUCUCAGGUGGUGUGACUUCUAUGGACUCGUUUCUCAAGAAAUUCUUCCCAUCUGUGUACAAUAAAGAGAAGGAAGAACGUCGUGACAAUAUGUACUGCAAGUUUGAUAGCCAUUUGUUGCAAUUGUUCACGUCUUCCCUCUACCUUGCUGCUUUGGUAGCUUCCUUCUUUUCCUCUACGGUAACUAGAUUAUUCGGCCGUAAAAUCUCCAUGUUGAGUGGAGGGUUAGUUUUCCUUGCUGGUGCCAUUGUUAACGGCGCUGCAAAAAAUGUAGCAAUGCUUAUCAUCGGCCGUCUGUUGCUUGGUGUUGGUGUUGGAUUUGCCAAUCAGUCUGUUCCAAUUUAUCUGUCUGAAAUGGCACCAGCAAAGAUUAGAGGAGCACUUAACAUCGGUUUCCAAAUGGCCAUUACAAUCGGUAUCCUUGCUGCAAAUCUCAUUAACUACGGAACAUCAAAGAUCGAAGACGGAUAUGGCUGGAGAAUUUCUUUGGCUCUGGGUGCUGUCCCCGCUGUAAUGAUUGUUGUUGGAUCUUUUUUCCUUCCAGACACUCCCAAUUCUAUCCUAGAGAGAGGCUACCCCGAGAAAGCGAAGACAAUGUUGCAAAAGAUUCGUGGCACGGACAAUGUUGGAGCAGAAUUCCAAGACCUCGUGGACGCAAGUGAGGCUGCAAAGAAAGUGGAACAUCCAUGGAAAAACAUCUUGCAGCCAAGAUAUAGGCCUCAACUUGUCAUUUGCGCAUUGAUUCCAUUCUUCCAGCAAAUUACUGGAAUCAACGUCAUCAUGUUUUAUGCACCUGUUCUCUUUAAGACCUUGGGUUUCGGAGAUGAUGCUUCACUUAUGUCUGCAGUCAUCACCGGCAUAGUCAAUGUUGUCUGUACAGCUGUUUCCAUCUACUCAGCUGAUAGGUUUGGGAGAAGAAUUUUGUUCCUUGAAGGAGGCAUUCAGAUGAUUAUUUGCCAGAUACUUGUAGGAGUCAUGGUAGCCAUCAACUUUGGAACAAAUGGUGUAGGAGAAAUGUCAGGUAGCACAGCCAACUUUGUACUGUUCUUGAUAUGUGCUUACGUUGCAGCAUUUGCCUGGUCUUGGGGUCCAUUGGGAUGGUUGGUGCCUAGUGAAAUCUGCCCUCUUGAGAUUAGAUCAGCAGGGCAAGCCAUCAAUGUCUCAGUCAACAUGUUCUUCACUUUCCUCAUUGGCCAGUUCUUCCUAACCAUGCUCUGCCACUUCAAGUUUGGUCUCUUCUUUUUCUUUGCUGGCUUCGUUGUUAUCAUGACCAUCUUCAUUUACUUCUUCUUGCCCGAGACAAAGAAUGUCCCAAUUGAAGAAAUGAACACUGUCUGGAAGGCACAUUGGUUCUGGCGCAAGUACAUCCCUGAUGAUGCUGUCAUUGGAGUCGAAACACAUACUGCAUGAAAUCACUAUCAGGAUGAGAACAUUUGUUUUGGACACGUGGGGCUAUGUACAUAUGCUUUUU